UACAGUCCACUCAAACAAAAGCUUUAAUUAACAAAAACACUAGGGAAAACUGAAUGCAGAAGCAGAGGAAAAAAAACAAAUGAAGCAAUUGGCUCUAAUCCUGUCCGUGAUAAGCUUGCUUCUCCUGGUUCAUGGGGACGAGGGAUCAGCGGUUGGAGAUCCCGGGAUGAAGAGAGAUGGUCUCAGAGUGGCGUUUGAAGCUUGGAAAUUCUGCAAUGAGGUUGGCUUCGAAGCUCCUCACAUGGGUAGUCCUCGAGCCGCUGAUUGCUUCGAUGUCUCCUCUAAAUGCAGCAAAGCACACAUUACAUUGAAUCAUUCACCACACAUAACAGACCAAUCAAACAACACAACAAGUGGGUAUUCCUUGGCGCACAAGGUAACUGAGUCGGAUAACGAGCUAGGGGUCGGAAAGCCUAAACCAGGAAUCAUAUCAGAUGCAGCGUUGCAUAACCCUGACCUUUACGCGGUCGAGAAAGAACUCUACUUAGGCUCUCUCUGUCUAGUCUCAGACAAACCAAACCCAUGGAGUUUCUGGAUGGUAAUGCUCAAAAACGGAAACUACGACACCAAAUCUGGUCUCUGUCCUCAAAACGGCAAAAAGAUCCCACCUUUCAGUCAACCCGGAUUAUUCCCCUGUUUCGGAAGCGGUUGUAUGAACCAACCGACGCUGAACCACGGAAAGACCGAGCUUCUGCGAGAUGGUCAGACCAUGAAGGGAUGGUUCAAUGGUACGUACGAGGUGGAGGCAGAUUUGGGAAAGGAGUUGGAUGGGAUAAGUUAUUACGAGGUAGUGUGGGAGAAGAGAGUUGGUGUUGGUGGUUGGCUGUUUAAACACAAGCUUAAGACUUCAGAUAAGUACCCAUGGCUUAUGCUUUACCUCAGAGCUGAUGCCACUAAAGGAUUCUCUGGUGGGUACCAUUAUGACACUAGAGGAAUGCUCAAAACACUUACGGAGUCACCAAACUUCAAAGUGAGGCUAACGCUAAAUAUAAAACAAGGAGGAGGACCAAAGAGUCAGUUCUACCUUGUUGACAUCGGAAGCUGCUGGAAAAACAACGGCCAGCCCUGCGACGGUGACGUAACCACCGACGUAACUCGUUACUCGGAGAUGAUUAUAAACCCCGAAGCUGCACUUUGGUGCAACCCCAAGAGUCUACACAACUGUCCACCGUACCACACGUUUCGAAACGGCACCAGAGUCCACCGCACAGACCCCCGGAGUUUCCCUUACGAGGCUUACCAUGUUUACUGUGCGCCGGGAAACGCGGAGCAUCUCGAGCUUCCGGUGGGGACUUGUGAUGCUUAUAGUAACCCACAAGCUCAGGAGAUUGUACAGCUUUUGCCUCACCCGGUUUGGGGUGAAUAUGGGUAUCCGACCCGGUUGGGUGAUGGUUGGGUGGGUGACCCGAGAACUUGGGAGCUUGAUGUUGGUGGUUUGUCCAGUAGGCUUUACUUCUACCAGGAUCCCGGUACGACUCCGGCGAGGAGGAUUUGGACAUCGGUAGAUGUUGGUACCGAGAUUUAUAAAGAAGAUGAAGCAAUAACAGAAUGGGAUCUCUCUGAUUUCGAUGUUCUUAUUACUUGAUUAAAAAAAUCAAUAAAUUCUAUACUAUAUAAUAUCAGGGGGGAUUCAUAACCAAGCUUAUUCAUUUUGUUAUAAAUUCUUAAAACUCAACCAAUCCAAAGUUUGUUUUCAAAUUAAACAAAUCAGAAUGAUUCCCGAUGUAUAGAGAGGCUGUGUAGUACCAGUACUUGAAAGUGUACUGAUUUUAAAACAUCAACCAACGAUAAUGUAGUAGUGUACUUGCGAUGUGCUUUGGGUCCUACCACGUGGCAGCUUAAUUAUAUCUCUACCUUACGAUUUUACCAAUAAAAAAAAAAACACAGUCGUACAAAGUGGAACCCUCCAGGUAAGUCAGAGGGUUACCAAUAGCAAAGGGAUUAAUAAUGGUUGUACUCUGCUUUAGCCACAGAUUGAUCCCAGUACAAGACUUUGCAAAACAAGGGAGUACAAAUCUUUUCUGGUGAAUGCUUGUGUAGUACAUCACAAAAGGCGUACAUGAACACGAUUCCAUAAUCUAUUUAAACCUAAGAAAUAAACAGAAACUCAAACAAAAGUCAAGGAUCCUGGCCAAUUUCUAAGGUAAGCAAGCCAUAGAGGAAGACAAACUUGGUAAAUGAGAUAGACAGGGAACAAGCAGAGCAUGGAUUGAGUUUACUAAAACACUAAACGACUUUUGUCUCUACCCAUGCACUGCCUCUUCCCUGGCUCUUUCUUUCUCUCUAUUUUCUUUCUCUCCUUUAAAUUUCCCAGCUUUCAAUGGAUUUUUAUUACUACUGCUAACUGUUGUCGCAGCUGAUGACAAGCUAUAAAAGGGUUUGGUCUACCUUUGUGU